CAGCCAUUAUCAUUUCUACAAGUAUUCCUCAGCUAGUUCUUAUUGUGUAUAUUUGGGGCUGCCCUCUAACUAUUACAAGCUGCAAUGGAGUUGAAUUUGGCAUUGAGUUCUCAACGCAGAAGAAGUUUUAGACGUGGCCGGCCUCGACUUGAAGGAUUUUGUGGCGAUGUUAGAUUGAGAGAGACUCGCUGCUCCUACUUUCUCAAUCUCAUCCUUCCAGGUUUGAGCACAGAUGAAAUAGAGGUGGAGAUGGAUAAGGAGCGGAGUGUGAUAUUACGUGGGGAAAGUUAUUGCAAAGAGGUGGGAAUGCUUAAGUGGAGGUGGCGCCUCAUGUCUAAGGGAAGAACUCCUUUCAAAAUUCCAGAGGAUGUCAACGUGGGCGCCACAAGAGGUAGCUUUGAGCGACACAUUUUGCAUCUUGUCAUGCCCAAGUUCAGGCAUGGCAAAUUCAGUCCUUACCAUGUCAUUCACAUUCAUCGAGAUGCCCACCAAGUGAAGGCACAAGCUGCUUCAUCUCCGGGUGCUGUGAAAGCGGACACAAUCUGUUCUUCUACGAGCUCUCUGUCAAAUGCCCAGGAAAAAAUGCAACAAUAUCGCAGGACUAGAAGGAGAAGUAUAAAGAAAAUCACUGCGAACAGCCAAAAGGUAGAAUAGUAAAUGAAUUUGUUCGUAGAUCCCAAACAUUCUUUGUAAAUAAAAUACUCAAUCUUGCUUUGGGAUAUCAACCAAUCUUUGUAUAUAAAAUACUUAGUCUCGCCUUGGGACUAUGUCUCCAAGGAUGUCUCAAGCAUGGGAUAGUCCAUGCCUGAAUUGUAAAUUGACCCCUGUACAAGUAGGAAAGCCUUUGCUUGUUCCCGAAGCCCGGGAAGAAAAAAGUCAAGUGUAUUCACGUCUUUGUAUAAACAUGUAAAAAAAUGUUGUUUUUAAAA